AUGUCCGGCGCAGGGGAAGCCCUGGCUCCCGGGCCCCAGCGCGGGGCUGAGGCUGGCGGUGGCCGGCUGGGCGCCCCAGCCCAGGAAAAAUGCGAUAAAGAAAAUACUGAGAGAGAGAUAACUCAAGCUACUGAAAGCUGCUUCACACACGGAGAGAUGCAAGACCAGUCCAUUUGGGGAAAUUGUUCGGAUGAUGAACUCAUCAGAACCCAACCUCAGCGCUUGCCUCAGCUUCAAACUGCGGCACAGGAAAGUGAGGAGGAAAUCGGCAAGAUAAAGAAGGGCCACCCGAGUCUGAGCAAUGGCAAUGGAAUCCACCACGGGGCCAAACAUGUAUCUGCAGAGAAUCGAAGCCUUUCAGCACCCGUUUCUCAAAAAAUGCAUAGAAAAAUUCACUCCAGCUUGUCUGUAAACAGUGACAUCAGUAAGAAGAGUAAAGUAAAUGCUGUCUUUUCCCAAAAGACGGGCUCUUCACCUGAAGACUGCUGUGUCCACUGUAUCCUGGCCUGCCUGUUCUGUGAAUUCCUGACCCUCUGCAAUAUUGUCCUGGGACAAGCUUCAUGUGGCAUCUGCACCUCAGAAGCCUGCUGCUGUUGCUGUGGAGAUGAAAUGGGAGAUGACUGUAACUGCCCUUGUGACAUGGAUUGUGGCAUCAUGGAUGCCUGUUGUGAAUCAUCAGACUGCCUGGAAAUCUGUAUGGAGUGCUGUGGAAUUUGUUUUCCUUCAUAA